CAGGAUUCUGCUGCUGGUGGUCCUCGGAGUGGAUUUGGCGGUCGGGGAAGGCUGGGGGUCUACCUGGAGCCAGAGCAAAGUCUCAGGGUCCCGGAUGGUUGGACGCAGACAGAGCGCCUCUCAGGCGAUGAAUCGGUGAUCCUGACCUUCGCCCUGAAGCAGCAGAAUGUGGAGAAAUUGCGGGAUCUGGUUGGGAAAGUAUCCGACCCAGAGUCACCCCAAUAUGGGUCACUACUUGUCCUGGAAGACCUCAGUGCUCUGCUUCGUCCCUCCCUUGACACCCUUCGGACAGUCCGCACUUGGCUGGGGAAACAUGGAGUCCAGCAGUGUGACAGCGUGCAGACUGGAGACUUCCUGCAGUGUGAGAUGCCAGUCAGCACCGCAGAGGUAUUGCUUCCUGGGGCAAAGUUCCACCGCUACGUGAAUGGAGACCGCAGCGUGGUCAGAUCCACAUCCCACUACUCGCUGACCCCAGAACUGGCUGAGCACAUAGACUUUGUGGGAGGAUUACACCGGUUUCCACCCGUACGGAAAGUCCUGAGAAGACCUGAGAGUAAAGUGGAUGGAAUAAAGGAAGGUUUUCACCUGGGAGUCACCCCGUCCAUUCUAAGAGAGAGAUAUAACCUGACAUCCAGCGACGUUGGAGGCCAGCCCAACAACAUCCAGGCUUGUGCCCAGUUCUUGGAGCAGUACUUCAGCCAAAGUGACCUGGCAGAGUUCAUGAAGUUAUUUGGAGGAGGUUUUGAGCACCGCUCAGAGGUGGACCAUGUGGUGGGUCAGCAGGGUGCAGGCAGGGCUGGUCUUGAGGCCAGUCUGGAUGUGGAGUACAUCAUGAGCACGGGAGCCAACAUCUCCACUUGGGUAUUUACCAAUCCUGGCCGCCACGAAUCACAGGAACCGUUCCUAGAAUGGAUGUUGUUACUGAGUAACAUGUCGUCGGUCCCGUGGGUUCACACCAUUAGCUAUGGCGAUGAUGAAGACAGUCUAUCGGUCGCCUAUAUGCAGAGAAUCAACACAGAAUUCAUGAAGGCUGGAGCUCGGGGCCUCACCUUACUCUUUGCUUCAGGUGAUGAUGGCGCUGGCUGCAUGGAAGUCAUUAAAGGCAAAAAUGCUUUCCGCCCAAGUUUUCCAGCCUCCAGCCCCUAUGUCACCACAGUGGGGGGAACGUCCUUUAAGAACCCCUUCCAGGUGACGUACGAGGUGACCGACUUCAUUAGCGGUGGUGGAUUCAGUAAUGUCUUCCCAAUGCCGGAUUACCAGGUCUCUGCUGUAUCCCAGUAUCUGAAGACUAAAGAGAAACUGCCACCAGAGAACUACUAUAACCGUAGUGGCCGAGCGUAUCCUGAUGUGGCUUCGCUGUCAGACAAUUAUUGGGUGGUGAUAAACCAUUUCCCCAUUCCAUGGGUGUCUGGCACCUCGGCCUCCACACCGGUGUUUGGUGGUAUCCUUUCUCUGAUUAAUGACCAGCGUUUAAAGAGAAGCCAACCUCCUCUGGGAUUCCUAAACCCAGCGUUAUACCGGCUACAAGGAAAUGGGACGCUGGCACUGUUCGACGUCACAGAGGGAUGUCAUGUGGCUUGUUUCGAUGACCUUGUUCUAGGACAAGGAUUUUGUGCAGGUCCAAGCUGGGACCCAGUAACAGGAUGGGGGACUCCAAACUACCCUAAAUUGCUGAACGCUUUACUGCUGUAG